UGUUGUUGCCAGCUGCCGCCAGACUGACUGAGCUUCAUGGUGGGGAGCAUGCGUUGGAGUCUGCACGUGUUCGACGAAAAACGGAGGAAAUUGGACUAAUUUACCACUUAAUUGAUUAUUUUUGAACUGUCCUGUGUGCCUCAUAGUGGACAGGUUGUAAUCUGAGGUAUUGAACUCCUGACAUGAUGAUUACAAGAAGAGAAACGGAUUUAUUGGCGCUAGCUAACAGCAUGGGAGUUAGCGUUAGCUGAGAACAACAUGCCCAGACUUGUUCCUUAUCGCACACGCUGGGAGAAGGAAGGAAUAAAGACCCACAACGUUACAUAAUUUAGUCCAUUUUUUUACGACAAAUACAAUGGAUUACCAGUUCCCAGAGCAACUUUACCCUUCGUUUUACAACUGCGGACCUCCAGACUUGGUCCUGAAACACUGUGCAGGAAACUGGGGCUGCUACGACAGAGUCCGACCUCAGGGUGGCUCUGGUCCUCUCUCCAGCUGGACCUUUACCUCCAGGCAUCAGGUCAGAGGGGAGACAUGGUGUCACACGGAGCCAGCACCAGUUCCCCUCCUGCCCCCCAAACACUCUGUCCUCUGGCCUUCAACGCCUCCAGAUCCACAGGAUUUCCCAGAACAUAUGCAGAACUUCUUCAUGGACCACUGCCAGGACGCCUUCGGGAGCAUGAGCGAAAUUCUGAAUGAAGACUUAAUCUUCAAACAAGGAACGAAAAAGAUAUCUCGCAUUGACUCCAUCUACAUGAGGAAAAUGGAAAGCCUCAUCAAGAAGGGGAAGUUGAAAAAGCGUCCGUUGUCGUUUCCCUCCAAGGUGCUGAACGCGUACGGCUCCAUGCUGUCGGACGUGUUGCCCGCCGUGCCCCCCUCCCUGCUGGGCUCCCUGCUGUUCGAGGAGCUGAAGGAGCAGAGGGAGUGCAUGCUGUUCUCUGAAGCAGCCACAGGGGGCGCUCUGGCCUUCGUCCCCUUCUCACAGAGCAGCAGCGACUCUCAGAGCGGCUGCCUCCUCUACCCCGGGAACCAGGGGCUGGACUGCCUCAACUUCCACAGAGUGGAGCUGCAGCAGCACAAAGGGACCCCCCCCUGUUUGAACACCAGCAGCUCUGAUCUGUCGAGCUUCCAGCUGAAGGCCCCCGUCAGACAGAUCAGCACCGCCUCCCUGAUCAACAACUGUUGUGUGGCCGUGCGCUCGGAUCACCUCUGUGGCGUCUGGAGGUUCAGUGAAGGAAACAAGCCUCAGCUGAUGGAAGUUGUCAACACCAAAGAGGUCGCCACCUGCAUCUGUGUCAGUCCUCAUGUUCUAGGUGAAGUUCUGGUGGCGAGUGAGAGCGAAGCGGUAGACCUGUGGACCGUCGGCAAAGGGAUGCAGAGGGUUCGGGAGGAGGAGGAAAACCUGUACUUCAACGCCAAGUCAUCAUGGCGAUGGUGCGAGUUCUCCGCCCAUCCCAGGGUGAUGGUGUACGCAGACAGGACGGGGGUGGAGCUCACUGACAUCAGGAUGAGUCCUGUCUCAAAUCACACUCUGUUUCGUAUCAGCAACACCCCCGAAUGUCGCAGUGGAGAGAGACUCAUCCUGUCCAGAUACCUGGCAGACAUCCACCCCUUCCACCAUCUCAUCACCACUCAGCACUCGGCCUACAUCAUGGACGAGCGUUUCCCCUGCGUGCCCAUGCUCAAGUGGGAUCACAUGAUGCAGUCUCCACCAAUGUUCUGCCACACUUUCCCUGGCUCCGCCUCCUCCCGGACCGCUAAGGUUCUGCUGGGCUCCCACAGCGCUCAGGAAAUCACCCUGCUGCAGUACUCAGGGGGGAAAGCCGAAGCCUGUUCCAGUCGGGGUCCUCCUCAGGCGCUGCUCAGACCCAGAGACAGCCUGAGACACCUUCCCGUCCAACUCCCUCACCGCCUGGAGCUGGCCACCAGCAGACUGUCCUCCCCGGCAGCAGGUCUGACUUGUAUCCAGAAGAGAGGAGGAGGAGGAGAGGCAGGGGGCGAGGAGUGUAUCUGUAUCCUCCAGCUGACGGAGGCGGGGGAUAUUUUCUACCAGAUCCUGGAGCACGAGCAGUCGCACACCCCUCCACCAGCUCUGGAGAAAAACACAAUUUCAGAGAUAAAUCCAGCCCAACAACCACCACAGUCUUUGAGGCUCAUAUCGGAAACAUCGAGUGACGAAGACAUAAUCGGCCCGACUCAGACGCAGAGCUUUGUGGCUGAAACACAGGAAGAGGAACGGCCAGAACUGGACAUGUACGCUUCCUCUAACGAGUCCUGUUCCCCAAGAAAGUCCCGCUACAGGAAGAAUUUGCAGCUGCAGGUCACCGUCAAUGACUAUGACAAUGAGGAUCAAGUGAGUGGACUGGACUCAGGUUUAAAUGAUGAAACCGUGAGUGGACUGGACACGGGUGCGAAUGAGGAAACGGUGAGUGAAGAAGAAGCUGAUAUUCCAGAAGAACCCAGCCGUGUGGAGCAGCACCAGAAGCUCAGCGACGGUGUGCUGGUCACAUGGAAACAGUGGCUGCAGAAAUUGAUGCUCAAAAGUCACAAGAAUAAGCCCCGCCCACAGCGCAAGCAGCCCUUCAAAAUCACAACUGAAGAACUCAUCUACCUGUCGCCUGACGAUGAAGCGAGAGGAGAAGAUUCAGCGGAGAAGGAGCGCGUGGAGAACGUGAGGCGGGACCUCAGAGCGUGCAUGACCAAUCGCUCGCUGCUCGUUCACAGCGCCGUCUCCGCCUCCCUCGGAGACCAGGAGUUGGUGGAGGUGCCCGACGCGGUGAAUACUGACGGCUGGGGGGAUCCGAUGAGCGAGCGCCUCACUGUCUCCUGGCAGGGGGAGGAGGCCUGGCAGGCGUGGUGGGCGGAGAACCUGGGGCUGAACAGGGAGAAGAAGGUGGCGGCUCUGAGGAGGAAGAGGAGGAGGGAGAAGGAGGUGAGGAGAGCGUCCAGCCAGCGCUCGGUGCUGUCCAGCAGCUUCUGCUCGUCUCUGAGCUACCAGUCGGACCUGAGCGACUUCUCAGAUCUGUCCGGAUGGUCCUCGUCCGCCAGUUUGGGGGCGUGGUCCGACAGCGAGGGGGGGCUGUCCCAGGCGGCGGGGUCUGUAGGGAGCGGGAUCCCACGAGCUGCAACACCCUCCUCCAGUCAAACAGACACUGUAGUCCCCACGCCUCAACCAGGGAACCAGACCCCCACUUCUCAACGAGGGAACCAGACCCCCAUCAGGAACCAGACCCCCACUUCUCAACGAGGGAACCAGACCCCCAUCAGGAACCAGACCACCACGCCUCAACGAGGGAACCAGACCCCAACUUCUCAACGAGGGAACCAGACCCCCAGCAGGAACCAGACCACCACGCCUCAACGAGGGAACCAGACCCCAACUUCUCAACAAGGGAACCAGACCCCCAGCAGAACCAACGCCCCGCCACACACACCUAAACCUCUCGACUCCACCCCGGCCACUGUGAGGGGGAACAAACCCCAGGAAGACUACCUCAGCGCUCUGUUCGCACCGCAGGACGAUCCCUCGCAGCACGGCGGUUAUUUCCUGGAGGAAGAGAGCCCCGUGCUCCACGCUCCUCCACCUGUGGCCUCGUCCUCCUCCCAGUCCGCCUCUCUGAGGAGCGUCAGGACCAGUUUCUCCCAGUCCCUCACCCCCUCCCAGAGUUCACAGGGGAGACCGUGGCUCUCCCAGGCACCACUCGCCAAGAAGAAAAAGCCUCGGAUGGGAUUCUGAAUCAUUGGCUGGAGUGUGUCCGCCACACGUGGAGCGGAGCAUUUGGAAUACCUGUUGUUCUUCUUUGGGGGGGGGAAGAGAAGAGCCUUGAAUCCUCAAAGUAGAAGGAAUGUUUUUCCUUCGAUGCAUCUGGAAUCAGAGUUUGUGAAAUGGAUUUAUUACGGUUGCAUUCACUGGGUUUGGACAUUAGGACACACUCUGGAUCUAAUGGAUGAUGGACUGACUGGAAGAGCAACCAUGGCUCUGUCCCUGAAGACGAAGACGACUGUGCUUUGGUAGGAAGACAUUACCUUUGUUUUGUGACUGGGCCUUAUGGUUAACGAGAGAUGUGUGAGUGUGUACGUGUGUGCGCAAUGCGAUGGUCAAAUGACUUUUAUCAUUCCAUUAGACACACACACAGCUGAUGUGGUUUCACUUCAUUCCAUAACACAGUCACAGAGAUUGGAUGAAACGAUUGGCUGAUAUGAAACAGAAGGAACGAGGAAAGAGAUGAUAAGCUAACCCGAGGUCGAUUAGGGAUAUGGAAGAUGCAAAAGUCUUGAGAUUAAAGCUGAGGAACUUUGAAGUAGGAGUAGAUGCUACAGAAUGAGCAACGUUAAUAAUGUGAAAUGAGUAGAGAGAAAAAGUUUUGUUGGAAGUGUGUGUGUGUGUGUGUGUGUGUGUGUGUGUGUGUGUGUGUGUGUGUGUGUGUGUGUGU